GACCCUGCAUGCCCCAGCAGCCCCGCUGCAAGGGAGGGCCGUGCCUUGGGGCAUCAGUCCCAGAGGAGAAAGAGGAAACACUUCUCCCAAAGGAACUGGGCCACACACUGCCUGCAGGGAUGGUGCAAAGGCUGAGCUUAGCAAUCCUGCAGGAACGCAAAGAUGUAUGUGAGGACACCGGACUCACCCCGUGACUGAUGGUGAGGAUGCCAUGCCAGUGGUGUGUGCAACAGCCUGACGAGUCCCGGCAUGAAGAAAGGUCACCUCCCUAGCUGCCAGCUCUGUCCCCUGACCCUCUGGGAUGCGGUGUGUGCACGGGGACCCUGGGACAUGGUCCCAGCCGUGUUGCAGCCUCAUCAGUGGGACUGGGUCGGCACCGCACCCUGGACUGCACUGAGUCAAGAGUAGGGCUGCUCUGUGCAACCAAUGGAACUGCUUUGGGUGCCCAAUGGAGCUGCUUGAGGCCACCCUCAGGAUUGCUUUGGGUGACCAGUGGGGUGAUUCCGGCUGACCAUUGCAGCUGCUCCAGGCAUUUGUGGCUCACCCCUUGCACAGAGGCUCGUCGUGCCACUGAAGAUCCAACCGGCUUGACCCGAAUGCCCUGCCAUUUCCUUCUGUUCCUUCUAAUUACACAUCUGAAUCACUUGCAUUAAGGCCACCCCCUCCAGCCACCUGCCCCCCGCAUGGCAUAGCGCUGGGCUGGGGGAACUGCCAGCUACCCACCCCAGCUGCACACCUCGAGCCCCCCACGCUCCCAGCCCCACUGGGCUGCCCCACUGCUCCCACUCCUCCCCAGCCCCUUCAUGGUGUUGAGCACAGAGAUGCUGAUGCUGGCCCCACCCUGCCCCUGUGCGGGUUUUGGUUUCCCAAUGUAGGAAGGAGCCCAAACCUGUGCCAAAACACCCACGGGGGUGUCCGACUCAUCCUGCUUUUCCAGCGUCUCAGCUGGGAAUAAAACAGCUCGCCUGCCGCCGGCAGGGCAGAAGUGCUGCGUGCUCACACGGUAAGGAUGGAGCUGGGGCUCAGUGCCUCUCAGGGCUGCGAUGUGAUGGGCUGGGAGCCAGGGUACCCGUGGUGUGGGCACUCACUGUGGUUCAUCCAUGGAACUGGAGGAACCAGGGUCUGCUGGAAUUAGGAGUAGCUACCGCACCUUCCAAGCCUGAUGAGCGAUGCAAUUCCAGCACAGAAAGCAACCAGCUUUGGGGAGCAGCAUGGAAGAGAUGAAGGGGGUCUGUGGCUGAGUUUAAGGAUGCAGAAUAGCAGUGCAGGGUCAGGAGGGGACUGCGAGCAAACAGAAGGAUGCAAAAUAUUCUGGGGUGCAGGCAGAGAGAGAAGGAGCCUGCAGUGGGAGCAGGAGAGCCUCAUGGGGAGCAGGGCUAGGACUUCCCAGAGCUCACAAGUGAUGGGUAGAGGUGCUCCUAGGCAGAAUGAGCUUUGUCUUCCUCUGGAAUUUGUGGCAGCCCAUCUGCUGGCUUGGUACCCCAAAGGGCACAGCAGUUGGGAAGGACCUAAGUGGAUUUUUUUUCACUCUAUGCCCAUAUGCAAAGCUCAUUUCCAAGCCCAGAGUAAAGCCUGGCUCCUGUCGUUGAAUCCUGUGGCUCAGAAUCCCUCCUGGAAGAAUGGAGACCGUGGUACUGGCACUGUCCCUGCUGAGCACGGCUCUCCUGUGCCCAGCCACCGCCACGCUGCGCAUCGGUGCCUUCAACAUCCAGGCAUUUGGGGACAGCAAGAUGUCUGAUGAGAGCGUGGCAGGUGUCAUCAUCAGUAUCCUGCGCCGCUAUGAUGUUGUGCUGGUGCAGGAGGUGCGUGACUCUGAUCUCAGCGCUGUCACCGAGCUUCUGGAGCAGCUCAACAGUGUGUCCUCAUCCCUAUACGACUAUGAGAUCAGCGGGCCCCUGGGACGGGACAACUACAAGGAGAUGUACCUCUUCAUCUACAGAACAGACGUCGUGUCGGUGGUGGACACCUAUCAGUACGAGGAUCAACAGGACGUCUUCAGCCGGGAGCCGUUCGUCCUCAGGGUGUCAGCACCCCACAGCAAAGCGGAGGAGUUUGUGAUGGUGCCAUUGCACUCAGCCCCGCACGAUGCUGUUGCUGAGAUCGAUGCACUCUACGAUGUCUACCUGGCUGUGGUCAACAAGUGGGGGACAGAUAACAUCGUGUUCCUGGGGGACUUCAAUGCUGACUGCAGCUACGUGAAGCAGAGCGACUGGGCCUCCAUCCGCCUGCGCAGCAGCGACGUCUUCAAGUGGCUGAUCCCAGACAGCGCCGACACCACCGUGGGGAAGUCAGACUGUGCCUACGACAGGAUUGUGGUGUGCGGAGCCAAGCUGAAGCGGAGUAUCGUGCCAAACUCGGCCACUGUGUACAAUUUCCAGCACGCUUUCCAGCUGGAGCAGGAAGAGGCCCUGGCAGUCAGCGACCAUUACCCCGUCGAGGUGAAGCUGAUGGCUUGA